CAGGCGCGCCAACGGACGUGACGUGCGAGCUAUUCAUCCGAUCAAUCGGAUCGAUAAACCCGGAGUCCAUGGACUACGAGGUAGACCUGUAUCUGCGGCAGAGUUGGCGCGACGAACGGCUCCGGAUGGGCAACGGUUCGCGUGCUAUGGAUUUAAAUGACCCUAAAUUAGUGCAAAUGAUUUGGAAACCCGAAGUGUUUUUUGCCAACGCCAAGACCGCCGAGUUUCAGUACGUCACUGUUCCCAACGUGUUGGUCAGAUUGGACCCCGAUGGUCAUAUUUUGUACAUGCUCAGACUUAAGCUACGUUUUUCGUGCAUGAUGGAUUUAUACCGAUACCCAAUGGACAAUCAAGUGUGCGGUAUUGAGUUAGCAUCAUUCUCAAAGACGACAACUGAGCUGAACCUCAAGUGGUCGGCCGUAUCGCCGGUCAAACUCUACGACAAACUAAAAUUACCGCAAUUUUUGAUUACAAAUGUGAGCACAAGUCUGUGUAAAGAGACCUUUCAUAUCGGCGAAUACAGUUGCCUGAAGGCCGAGUUUGACCUACAGCGGGCGCUGGGCUAUCAUCUAGUACAAUCGUAUUUGCCCACCAUAUUGAUCGUGGUCAUCUCAUGGGUCAGUUUCUGGCUGGACGUGGAGGCUAUACCGGCCCGCAUCACACUGGGAGUGACCACACUUCUCACCAUUUCAUCCAAAGGCGCUGGCAUACAAAGUAAUUUGCCCCCGGUCUCAUACGCCAAAGCCAUCGAUGUCUGGAUGGGUGUGUGCACUAUAUUUGUUUUCUCGGCCCUGCUCGAGUUCACCUUGGUCAAUUAUUUGUGCCGUAUUAAAGCCAAACGCAACAAACGAGCCGUUCUCUACCACGAGGUAUUAUGUGUUUGGAUACAAACUUUGGAUGCUCAUUUUAUUCAUUAA